AUGGCUGAGAAUACACGCAUGAAGAGUAUGGAGAACUCCAUCGCUGAUAUGCACAAAACGUUGCAGAAGUUUCUUGAAGAUUCAGACCGCCGUCACAACGAAUAUAUGCAAUCUCGUCACCUGGAUCAAGCUAGAUUCGAACGGGUUGAAAAUCAGCUUAGCUCCCUUCAUGUGACGCAAAACUCUUCUAACAAAGCGACCCCAACUCCAACGAUUCAACCGUUUCAGAUGCGCAACAUCAAACUCGAUUUUCCGCGUUUUGAUGGAUCUGAGGUAAUGAAUUGGAUCUUUAAGGCUGAACAAUUCUUUGAAUUUUAUGCUACGCCGGAUAACCACCGUCUUACCAUUGCCGCCGUGCAUAUGGAAAAAGACGUUGUGCCUUGGUUCCAAAUGAUUUCUCGAAAUGAGUCGUUUCAGUCUUGGGCCAUGUUUACACGGGCCUUGGAAAUGGAGUUCGGCCCAUCUCCGUAUGAAUCCCCACGACCCACUCUAUUCAAACUCACACAAACCACUACCGUCUCUGAAUUUUACACUGCUUUCACUGCAUUAGCCAACAGAGCACAAGGUUUGAGUCCUGAAGCCACCCUUGAUUGUUUCAUAAGUGGCCUUAAACCGGAUAUCAAGCGUGACGUGAUUGCUCAAACACCGUCGUCGUUGUCUCGCGCCUACGCCUUGGCCAGACUCUUCGAAGACAAAUACUGCCCUACACCACCACCAAAACCUAACAAUUCCACCGUCAACAAGCCGUACCAUUUCCCUGGCCCAAAUUCCACACCUCGAAACCCCACAAAUCCACCAUUACUUCCUAACCCUAAACCAAACAACCCAGUGAAAAGCAUUACUCGUGCCGAGAUGCAAAUCCGCCGCGAAAAAGGGCUUUGUUAUUAUUGCGAUGAGAAAUUUUCCAUUACCCACAAAUGUCCAAACCGUCAUUACUUCUUAUUACAAAUGGAGGAGGAUGACAAUGACCCACCACCAGAUUCCCUUGCCACCACUUUCCAUGAACCGCCAACAAUUGGAGAUUCUGAGCAUCACUUGUCACUUAAUGCAUUGAAUGGCUCUCAUGGUAUGGGCACAAUGCGCUUUCAAGGUCAGAUUCAAGGCAUUGCAGUUACAAUUUUAUUGGAUAGUGGCAGCUCUGAUAAUUUUUUACAACCAAGGAUUGCUCAAUCCUUGCAAUUGCCAGUCCAAGCUAAUACACAGUUUCAAGUUAUGGUUGGAAAUGGGAAUUCCUUGACUAUGAUGGGUUACAUUGAAGACUUACCUAUAGCUAUUCAAGGAAACACAUUACAUAUCCCUGUUUACUUAUUACCUAUAUCUGGAGCUGAUUUGGUGUUGGGAGUCCCGUGGUUAAAAACCUUAGGACCACAUAUUGCUGAUUACAAUGCCCUGUCUUUAAAAUUUUAUGUCAAGGAUAGCUUUAUUACACUUUAUGGUGAGAAAUCUAAGGGUCCAAGACCGGCACAGUUCCAUCACAUCAGGAGAUUACAACAUACUCAUGCUAUUGAUGUUGCUUUUUACCUUCAGUUUGACAAGAUUGUACCUAAGGAUAACACUGUCAACGCUGAUCCACACCCUGACAUUGAAGUUAUAUUACAAGCAUUUGUUGAUGUGUUUGCUGAACCAAAAAGUCUUCCUCCAGCUAGGUUCCAAGAUCAUGCUAUUCCGUUGGCGGCAUGUAGCAACCCAGUGAAAGUGAAACCAUAUCGAUACCCCCAUAGUCAAAAAGAACAAAUUGAACUCAUGGUGAAAGAGAUGCUUGACCAAGGUAUUAUACAACCUAGCUACAGUCCUUUCUCUUCCCCUGUGUUACUAGUUAAGAAGAAAGAUGGCUCAUGGAGAUUUUGCACGGACUAUCGCGCUUUAAACUCUAUCACUAUCAAGGACAGUUUUCCUAUCCCAACUGUGGAUGAACUUUUAGAUGAACUCUUUGGUGCGCAAUAUUUUUCUAAGUUAGACCUUAGAUCCGGGUACCACCAAAUACUGGUCAAGCCUGAAGAUCGACAUAAAACUGCCUUCCGAACACAUUAA